CCCACCCCGCCUCGUGUCCCGUCUGACCUGCGGAGGGAGCCCCAGGCCGCCGGCUCCCCCCUGCCGCCGUCCUGGGGCUCCCCGCCUUGAGCCCUAGUGCCCGGGGACAGCCGUCCAGGCCGGGUGGCGUGCCUGCGGGCCGGCGGGCCUGACUCGCUCGGUGCCCUGCGCAGAACAUCCGCUCCCUAAUGGGCACGGAGAAGACCAAAGGCUUCUGCCAGCUGGUGGUGUCGUCCAGCCUGCGCGACGGCGUGUCGCACCUGAUCCAGUCUGCCGGCCUGGGCGGCAUGAAGCACAACACGGUGCUCAUGGCCUGGCCGGAGGCCUGGAAGCGGGGCGACAACCCCUUCUCCUGGAGGAACUUCGUGGACACGGUGCGCGACACCACGGCAGCGCAGCAGGCCCUGCUGGUGGCCAAGAACGUGGACCUUUUCCCGCAAAACCAGGAGCGCUUCAGCGACGGGCACAUCGACGUAUGGUGGAUCGUGCACGACGGGGGCCUGCUCAUGCUGCUGCCCUUCCUACCCCGUGUCCGCAGGAACCAGUCCAACGUGCGGCGGAUGCACACGGCGGUGAAGCUCAACGGUGUCGUCCUCAGCAAGUCCCAGGAGGCCCAGCUGGUCCUGCUCAACAUGCCGGGGCCCCCCAAGAACCGGCAAGGGGAUGAGAAUUACAUGGAAUUUCUCGAGGUCCUGACCGAGGGGCUCAACAGGGCGCUGCUGGUGCGGGGCAGUGGCCGAGAGGUGGUCACCAUCUAUUCCUGACCCCUCACAGAGGUUUCCAGAACCCCUCACGGCCCAGCGUGGGGAGCCGGUGGGCUCACGUCCGGCCAGGACACAGCCACCCACGCUGCCACGCUCCAGAAGUGACCGCUCAGCCGCACUCCCGCCAGCUGCCCCACCCAGCUGGACGCGCAGGAAAGGCCACCGCCGGGGCCCGGUCGCCCCGCCCAGAGACCCCAGCCGGCCGGCGUGGCCUGGGGAGACGGGCACCCUGCGGGCCAGCCCUGCCGCUGCCCUCUACCCGCUGCCGGCCCUGAGCGCAGGGCGCCCCGCUGCGAGGGCGAGUCUGGACUUGAAGGAGAGCACACACCCCUCGGGGAAGACCCGCCCGUGCCAGGGCCCGCAGGCGGUCUGCACUCAGGCCCCGCCCUCCAGUGGGGCUGGCCGCCCUGCCCGUGUCCACCCAGGGUGCGCCCCGCCCCGCCCCCAGUAGCCCGAGGCCACGCACAGUCUGUGUCCUCGGCCCCGUCUCCGUGUGGCCUGUUAGUGGAAUAAAGUCGUGUAGACCUGA